GCACAGCUGAAAUAUGCUCCGGGCAGGCCAGCUCUGAAUGCACUGAAUGCGUUUGUCUCGCAGUGGGACCCCUGAACAUGGACCCUCUGACGGAGUUCCCCUUUAUGGAGGAUGAGGGGCUGACUAUGAAGAGGACAGUGUAGAAGUUUUCCCAACUAUGACGACUUCUGAGAAUCCAAAGUGUGAAGUAUAAGGCCCCGAGUAUGAGUAUAAGGAAUAUCUUUUACCAUUUCUUUCCUCACAAAGUAGGUUGCUCCAUUAGUGUUCAGUCGGUCGAGAGAGAGAACUUACCAGGGACUUUUAGACCUGUUUUCCUUUUUUUUUUAUGCCGCCAUAAAGUCGAGUUGGACUGCAGUUGUGAUGUUUGAUCAGUAGGGUUCAUACGAUUAUAUGAGUGUAGCACAGCUACAGACUGACCGACCUGCAGCAGGGGUCUCCCUCUCUGUGUCCCUCUCAAGAGCCUCUGCAGGACCCUGACUCAGAUGUGUAUGCCAAGUUCUUCAUGAGUCACUGCUGCUACGAUGCCAUUCCAACGAGCUCCAAACUGGUCAUCUUUGACACAACACUGCAGGUGAAAAAAGCAUUCUUUGCACUGGUUGCAAACGGGGUCAGAGCGGCACCUUUAUGGGAUAACAAGCUGCAGUGUUUUGUAGGGAUGCUCACCAUUACAGACUUUAUCAACAUUCUCCAUCGUUACUACAGAUCUCCCUUGGUUCAGAUCUAUGAGCUGGAGGAACACAAGAUUGAAACAUGGAGAGAGGUCUAUCUACAGUAUUCUCUCAACUCCCUGAUCAGCAUCACACCUGACUCCAGCCUCUUCAAAGCCAUUUAUUCCUUGCUGAAGAACAAGAUUCACCGGCUACCCGUCAUAGAUCCAGAAUCAGGGAACGUCCUCCACAUACUCACCCAUAAACGCAUCCUCAAGUUCUUACACAUCUUUGGCUCUACGAUCCCAAAGCCACGAUUCUUACAGAAGCGGAUUGAGGAAGUGAAAAUUGGAACAUUCAAGAGCAUUGCAACUAUCAAAGAGACAGAAACAGUUUAUGAUGCUUUAUCAGUAUUUGUAGAGCGACGGGUCUCAGCCCUGCCUGUCGUCAACGAGCAAGGCAAAGUGGUGGCACUUUACUCCAGAUUUGAUGUCAUUAAUUUGGCUGCACAGAAAAGCUACAACAACCUGAACAUGACGAUGCAGGAGGUCAUUCAGAGCCGCUGGUGCUGCGUUGAGGGGGUGCUGAAGUGUUACCCUCACGAGACCCUCGAAACCGUCAUUGAUCGGAUCGCUGAGGCUGAGGUUCACCGUCUAGUGCUGGUGGACACAGAGGAUGUGGUGAUGGGAAUCGUCUCGCUCUCUGACUUGCUUCAGGCACUGGUCUUGACUCCUGCAGGCGUUGAAGCACUUUUCCCUUAACACCAGUGGAGGGCUCCUUCUCCACCAUCAUCCUCAUUUCAUGUCAUACCAGAAUUUUGUCCUAAAGCAAACCAUGAGCCAACCUUGAGCAAACCUUGAAGAUGAAUGUUUGAAGACAGAACGUGUAAAUAUAUUUUUUUAAUGUUGCUGCCACUUUGGGAUUUUAUGUAUAACUUUAAACAUGUCUAAUCUUAUUUUGCAAUUUAACUUGUAUAUUUGUAUAAUUUAUUAAAGAAUUAGCACAGUCAUUUGAAUUGUGAUAGUUCUAUGUCCGAUAAAAUUACAGAUAUUUUGACACAUAAUAUGUAAUAAUGCUAACCCUCCUGGCAAAAAUCUUUUUUUUUGUAUAACAUUAUUGUUAUAGUAGUACUUGACCCCUGAUCUUUUCAUUGUAAAUAAACAGAUAAUCAUGUUUUUUAUUUAGUCAUAUAAUUCACUGAAGUGUUUCUACAGAUUUUUCAUACUCACAGUAGAUUUACAAUGUUAUAUUGCACAAAUGUUCUUUUUUCCUACCACAUACAACAUAUUUAAUUCAAUGAUUGUACUGUGUUGUUAUUUUGGUAAAGAAAAAGUUGUCUGGUUGAAAAACUGCUUUACAGAAUAAAACUUACAAAAUUAUAAGCAUCAAACUAUGGUUGGUUCUGAAUUACACCAAAGUCUUCUAUAAAUAUAAGCAUAAUUUGUAUAUUUUUAAAAAAUAUUAUUUGUGAAAUUGUUUUUUUUACAAUGUUUCAAUACGAGAAAAUAAAUAAUUCAGCCUGGCGACACCAAA